AUAACCCAAAUUAUUGUUACUAAGAGGUUUUAUUAUUCAUUUAGAUACAAAAAUAUCACAAUUAAUUUUUAACCAUAUCUAAGUAAACAUCUCCAUUUUUAAAGAUGUUUUUAGAUGUCUCAUUUUCUUUCUCCAUCAUUCCAUAAAUAAAAUUAUCAAUAUCCUCCAUUUUAUUAUAAACUUCUUGGAGAGAAGCAAUAAAAGAAGGAGAUAAUAAAUUUUUAUGUUGGGUUAUUUUCGAUUUGUAAACGUUCGAUUUUAAUGUUAUAUUUUCUUCGUAAUAAUUCCAUUUGUCUUCUUGGUUAUUAUUAAUUUUUUCUUUUAAGAUGGUUAAUUCGUUAUUUUUAUUGUUUAGUUCUUUGUUUCUUUCGUUAAUAGUGUGCUUCAUUUUCUUCACUAAAUUUUCCAACGAUUUAUUUUUAAACGAAUUUUCCUCAAUUUUCUCCUUUAAAGCAUUGUUUUCAUCAAACAAGAUAUCAACUUUACUAUUUAGGUACAAAUUUUCAUCACUAAUUUUUAUAAUUUCCUCCAAAGAAGCUUUUUCUUGUUGAUAAUCUUCCUCGAUAUCCUCCAAAUUCAUUUUUAAAACAUUAUUUUCUUCUUUUAACUCAACAAUUAUUUCUUUCAAAACAAUAUUUUCCUUAAAAAUUUCAUUUUGUUUUUUAAUUCUUUCGUUUUUGACCAAAAUCUUUCGCUUACUCGUUUCUAAUUUAUCAUUUAAAAGCGAACAUUUCUCCUGGAUUUUUUCACAUAACUUCUCAACGCUUUUAUUUUUACUUUUUAAAAUUGCUAAUUGAUCGCUUAACGUUUCGUUUUUACUCCUUAAAUCGUGAAUUUGUUGCGAUAUUACUUCUAAAUACAACAUAAUGUUUUGAUAAGUGUUUACUUUGUCUUCUUUGAUAUCAUUUUGUGGUAAAAAUGAGUCAAUAUCGAUGGAGGUGUUACAAAAAUCGAUUAAUUCUCGCGUUUUUAAUCGGAUGUUAUCGAGGAAAUCCUCCGCCAUGCGAUGUUUCGGAAAUUUUCUUUGAUUUUUUAUGAUAUUGUUUCCCUUUCGGACCAUUUUAAUUUUUUUUUCUUGUUAGGUGGAGUGAUAGAAAAUGAAGCACAGUGUGUGGAUGACGUUUAUUAACUGACGAGAUGUCGGAUAAUUUAAGGAAACUCUUGGAUAAUAUCACACCGAAUUUCGAAGAAAAUUUAAAAAGGGCUUUUAUUAAUGAGGGCGUACGUACUCAAAUGAAAAUUGGUUACCUUCCACAUCAAUUAGACGAUGUUUUCGUUACUAUUGAUAAUACAAUAAUAGAAUUAAGAAAUUUAAAGUUAGUAAAAACGCCGGAUUUUCGAAUAAACUUAAUGGACGUUGAUUUGUCGAUGUUAACGAUUAAUUUGGGGUUAAGUUUGGGGCAAUUAAAAAUUGAAGGGGAGUACGAAGUUACUAAUAAGACUUUACAGAAAAUUUUACCGAUUUCCCAUGUCGGGAAAAUAGCAGUAGUUUUAGAAAAUACAAAUUGUGAUGGAAAAGCAGGGCUUCAUAUUAAAGAGGAUUCUUUCGUUGUGGAAAAUUAUGAUUUAAAAUAUCAUUUAAGCGAAAUUAUUUUGAGAGUAUCUUAUUUUAAAGAAGACGGUUUAGAGGUCGACAACGAAAUGAUUGAAUCAGAUUUAGAAAAAACUUUAGUUAAUAUGUUCUGGGUACAAUUAACAGACAUUUUAACGAACAUCUUACACCGACAACUCGGAGCUGUUAUAGUAGAAUUCUCCGUUAACGAAUUGUUAUUAGACGACCCCGACGAGAUGAAGGCUUACUCAAGACAGUUGUAUUUAAGGGCGAAUCGCCUUUUAGACUCGAUUUUAUGCACGGCCAAAACGUUUUUGGUCGAAAAAGAUUAUUUAACAAUCGACGUGCCAAGUCUAAGCGUUGUAUUUAAAAGUAGACCCCCGGGGACUCAACAGGGAUCCUUAGAAACCGUGCAAGGAGAAAUUUCUGAUUUAUCUACGUUAACUAGGUUAACUCAAGCGAAUUUGUAUGAAGAUAAAAACUGUUUGGUUGUUUAUGGGCAAGUUAGAUUAAGAGAUUUUAAAUUUAUUUACCCGUAUUAUAAAGCGAUGUAUUCGGAUUCGGUUUCUGAGGGGAGUUUGAAAUCGAGUAUCUAUAGGAGUAAAGUAUUUUUGAAAAUAACCAUACAAAAAGACCAAAAUAAAUGUAACCCACAAAUUGAUCUGGUUCAAGUUCGAACUGUGAAUGACAUCGAUAUCGAUAUCUCAGGUUUGGGAUCUUUGAGUUGGCUCCGCGACAGGUUGAGGUCGUGGAUUAUUGGCAACCUUCGAAACAAAGCUCUUCCACACCUUGAAGAAAAAAUUAAAGAAGCUAUUAAUCAUGCUAUUUCUAUUACAGAUUGUAAAUCAUUAAUUAUUUAAGUGCAAAGGCUGAAUUACAAAAUUAUGUUGGCAAUA